AUGUCCAUCACCGCCUAUUUUCCACCGUUGUCUCCAUUUCUGUUCUCUGCGCUUGUUGUAAGUGGACUGGCCUCGAAGGCUUUACACAUUGCGCUCCACAUUCGCUCGUUACCGUUCAUUUAUUUCGUUCUCUACUCGCCGACUCUCAUUUUACCCGAUGUGCUGGUUAUAAUCUGUGCGCGCUUGUUGUUGCGCUUCCAUAGACCUGAAGGUCGCUGGCAAUGGCUAUCCACGGUAGCUGGUGGGGCUUUGUCCCUACUAACAUGGGGCGCUUCGUCGAUUCAAUUCGGAUUCUUCCUACAAACUGGCGCCGAGGUGGCCUGGGCAGCGGGCGGCAGCUUCCUCAGUGACCCAGCUGCCAUGAAGAUCCUACUUAGUGGUAUAUCGACGGUAUCUGCUGCUGCAACAGUGCUUGGACUGGUGGCAUGGUUGAUUCAUUCAUACUUGUACAACCUCACAGGCCUUGGGUUGCAGGCAAUCCGAGACUUGUGCAUGGGAGGAUAUAACGCACGGUACACAUUGAUUGCCCCUAGCAAGUCGUGCAUGGCUUCGUUCGACCUCCGAUCCCUCCGUCGCAUCAUCCCCGCAGUCGCUAUCUGCGUGUCUCUCAUUUUCCUGGAGAUCACUCGCCCAGGGAUCCCGUACGAUCAUCUCUCCGGAGCUCUCCCACUGACUCUACUUGAAGCCUUCACGAAGAAAUCCGCAACAGUCGAAGGAUGUCGUGAGCCGGCGGUGCCUUUCCCAUUAAUGACUGUGGACGCCAAUGGCAACUCCCGCCCUCUAUACCAGCCAGAUCCGGUUGUGGAACAAUGGUCACGGGCUUCUUGGCUCCCCGAAAACCCGCCUCAGGGAUUCACCCGAUGGGGUAUGAGUCCUCAGGAGCGUGCAGAGAAGGAAAACUCGUUCUCUUAUGUUUGCGGUGGUGCUGAAAGUGGUUUUUAUGAUCCUAAGAAUGACCCAAUCAAGGUUACAAAUUUGGGCGGCGAAAUUUAUCAACCACUGCAGAAGGCCUUUGAGGAACACUCCGUGGAGGUCAACCAUGUGGUAUUAUUGACUCUUGAGAGUGGCCGCAAGGAGAUGUUCCCUACACAACAGGGUACUCCAUUCUUUGAUAAUGUUCUCGCUUCUCACAAAAAGAAGGACGUGGAAGAGGCUAUUGACCUUCUAGUGACUAUGACCCCGGUCGCCCAACAGUUGACUGGAGAAUACGCAACCGAUAGCAAGGGCAAUCGAGCCAACAUGACAGGAUCGCCAUGGAAGACGCCAACGCCAGAAGGAAUGGGCGGUCUCAAUGUUCGCGGGGCUAUGACUGGCAGCUCGUUGACAUUUAAGAGCAUUCUAGGCAGCCAUUGUGGUGUCAACCCCUUGCCAGUGGAUCUUUUGGAAGAGACAGCACUGGAGAUCUAUCAACCAUGCUUACCGCAAAUCUUCGAACUAUUCAAUCAGGCCAAAUCCAGGUCGCACACAAGAGAUACUUCAAAGUCAGAGACUCUGAAUCACCCGUGGAAGCCUGUCUUCAUGCAAUCUAUCACAGACGACUACGAUCGCCAGGAUAUUCUCAACGAAAACAUGGGAUUCAACGACAAAGUCGUCAAGAAGACCCUGCAAUCCUCGCAUUCAAAGUACCAGGCAUCGGGCAAAGAAAUCAACUACUUCGGAUAUGCUGAAACGGAACUUCGGCCCUAUAUGCAGGAUCUCUUCGAGGAGGCUGCAAACAACAAGACUCGCAUGUUCCUUUCUCACGUCACCAGCACGACACAUCAUCCAUGGGGUACACCCACCGACUUCGAGGCAGAAUCGUACAUGGGAAGCCAAGGGAGUGCCAACCACGACCUGAUGAACAAUUAUAUGAAUGCCGCUCGGUUCGUUGAUAUCUGGCUCGGCGACAUCAUGAACAUGCUUGAACAAACCGGCAUUUCCAACGAGACUUUGGUCGUUAUCGUCGGGGACCACGGCCAGGCGUUCGGUGAAGACAACAAUGACAUGACCGGAACCUAUGAAAACGGUCACAUUAGCAACUUCCGCGUGCCGCUUGUUUUCCACCACCCGAAAAUGCCACGAGUCAACAUCAACGCCAACGCAACCGCGCUCUCCAUCAUUCCUACCAUUCUGGACCUCCUCGUCCAGUCCAACUCUCUAGAUGAGCGCGACUCCGAAAUCGCUUCUGCGCUUCUCCCUGAGUACCAGGGUCAGUCUCUUCUCCGUCCUUUCCUAGCCUCUAUGGAGGAGCCAUCUCAAACACGCCAUGGCGAUCAUCGCGAGCCUGAGCCUGAAUCUUCUCAAUUUGAGGCCCGGUCUCACCCUGAGAGUCCUGCCAAACGAUCCGUCUGGAACAUGGGUCUCAUUAAUGCCGGUGGCUCGAUGCUCUCCGUCACAACUGCCAGUGUUCCAUACCGCCUAGUUCUCCCUCUCAAGGAAGGCUUUGAAUACUCCUUCACUCACCUUGGUGAGGACCCCAAUGAGGACCACCCUAUCAAGGAUUGGACACUCAAACUUCUGAUCGAAGAAGUCACUCCAAAAUACGGCGAGGAGGCCGCUGCCUGGCUUUCCGAUGCCGAGAAGGUUGGCAAAUGGUGGGUCACUGAGCAAAAGCGUAUCUGGGGAUACCGCGAAGCAUAA